AUGCCUCGUGUAGCUAUCUUUUUGCUCGCCACUUCUAACACGCUGGUUUUCGCCGUGCAGGUUAGUGCUAAAUACAGCCUUUUUAAUAAGAAAUCUAGCGAUUAUUGUUUGGUGCAGCUCCCGAGCCCCCAGUGCUGCCUUGCUCUGUUUGGUGAAUGUGUGCAUGUCAUACAGUCUUUGCUGUUGCUGUCAGGGGAUGUGGAAACCAAUCCAGGGCCUAGUAUGAACGAUGUUCUCGCUGAGCUACAGAAGCUGACAGCCGGGCAAAGCAAGCUAAUCACUGAGGUGCAAAGCCUAAAGAAUCAAGUUAUGAGCACCGAUAAAACACUUACGGACCUAAGUAAGCGAAUGACGGAACUUGAGCAACACUACCAGGCACUCAUGCCCUUACGAAACGAAUUAGAGGCAGUGCAUGCUGCUACUGGCGAAACUGGUCGCCUGGUGUCUAACCUCGAGAGCCGCAUAGACGACGCUGACAACCGGUCUCGUAGAAAUAACUUAAUAUUGUAUGGCAUUCCAGAUUCCAACCCUUCUGAAACUUUUACGCAGUCCGAAAAAUUAUUCAUUGAUAACAUUCGUGAGCACAUGCACAUAAGCCUUGAUGACAAGGAAAUUGAGCGUGCCCACCGGCUGGGACGGCACUCACUUGGCCGUAACCGCCCCAUCAUAGUGAAAUUUGCGCUCUACAAAACUAAAGAAUUAGUCCUGGCUGGCGGUCGUAAGUUAAAGGGGACUAAUUGCGCAAUUGGCGAAGAUUUUUCACCAGCCGUUCGAAAUGCCCGCAAGCAUCUUACUGCUUUCGGCAAAAGUAAAGGAACGCCCUUCAAACUACGUUUCAAGACACUUGUCAUAGGAUCGAAACGCUAUGAAUAUGAUGAAUCAUCCAAUACCGUUAAACAGAGUCAUUAGCAAU